AACUACACAUUUUCUCUGUUUUGAAAACCCUUUGAAAUUGAAUUCACCAUUUUCCCUCUUCAACCAAGCAAGUUCAAGUUCAGCUAGGGUUUCAAACUUCGGUAACCGCUCUUUCUCCAUCCACAUUUUCCUUCAACAUUCUCACACUCAUUUCACUGUUCUUCACACUUUUCUGUUGUUGCUGAAGAAUGGAUCCAAAAGUGUGUGAUGAAUCAGUGAAAGAAGCUUCGGAUUUCAAGCCUGAGAACAUUCUACAACCAGUUGAUGAAUCGAUUGUGUGUCCCACUCCACAGAAGAAGACUGAACUAUUACCCAACAAAUUCAAGGACCCAAUUGCCCAGCUUCCAGAAAAUUACAGGGUCAUUGCUGAUUUGUUUAGGCAUAUGAGUUGUUCGCUUAGAUUGCUGCAUCUGCGUAAAAAGUCUCCGACUUUUCUGAAUAUCUGCAACAAGGUUGAAGUUCUUGCCAAAAGAAACUUCUCACUUUCUGAUCUAGCGCAGAUGAAGUAUAUACUCCCUGAAGGUAUAGAAAUUGAAAAGGUGGUUGUUAUUGAUAAGAAGAGCUUGUGUAUGCAGCCGGAUUUGAAGAUUACAUUGGUUUUUGAAGUUGUAAAAGAUCACUCUGAACAGUCUGCUGAUAUAGCUCUUAGACAAUAUUUUAAUUCCAGAUUGAUUAAUUUCUUUAAUCUGCACCCUCAGGUUACUAAGAUUCCAGAGUCAAGACUACCAGAGCCCUUUAGCCAAGAAACUUGUAAUUUGACUUUCAAUAUCGGGCGUGCAGAUAUUGCAGCAGAACCGUCAUCAACUUCCAAUGAAAUUGUAGAGCCGCUGAAAAACUUACAUUUGACAAAUUUGGCAGCAGAACUUUCAUCAACUUCCAAUGAAAUUGUAGAGCCGCUAAAAAACUUACAUUUGAAUGCCGCUGACCAGGCUAAGCAAGUUCAGAGCUUUUCAUCAUCUGAAAACUCUCUAUCAUCCGAUGAAUCUGACUCCCUAGAUGACCAAGAAAGUGAAAGCACAUGGCAGAAAAAAUGUACACCAUUGUCUGAUUGUGAGGGUAAUCUUAAUGCAGAAAGAGGCAAGCAGAAGGAAUCAUUGUCAAUGUCUUUUCAGGCAAAUGUUGUUAAUACACCGUCAGAACAUAAGACAUCAUCUCCGCGUUCUGUUAGCCGCUGUAUUUCUGAAAGCCCUGAUUUGAAAAUUGUCUCUUGUGCUGAUAGUUUGUUGACACAGACACCUGCACUGUCAGCACCUGAGAGAUUGGUGCUCGGUUCCGAUGUUAAGCCUCAAAAAAUGUCUGCUCAAAAGUCUAUGUCAUACUUUAAGCCCGCAAAAAGAGCGCUUGACUUUACACAAACAGAAGGCAAUGGUGAUUUGGAUAAUAGAGUAGACCUGUUAGAAUCUAGCAAAGCUAUACAUGAGUUUGAUUGCAACUCUAAACUUAGCAGAGGACAUCCUGAGGAUCGCAAAUCUUUUGAUUUUGUUUCCCUACCUCGGGAGGUUCAAGAGAAUCUUUGUUAUUCUUUUGAGAAAAUCAGCCAAAACCAAAUUAGUUCGGAUGCAUCAGAUGACAAUCCUCCAUCAUUAGUUGAACUGGUUAAUGUGAUUGACUCGAUAUUUACCUCUGUCAAAACAAAUGCAAUCACAAAAGAGGAGCUCCUGCAAAAGAUAAUGCCGAACUGUUUAGAUUUUGUUGAUACUAGAGAAGCUGAAGAACAGAUCGAGAUUUUAGAAAAGAUUGUGCCAAAUUGGAUUUGCAAGAAGUCACUUGCUUCUGUAGAUGGAGUCACAAUGUACUGCGUUAAUAAUGCGAUAGAUUUGGAUUCAGUUCGAUCAAGACUUCUCAGCAAUGUAACCAAAGGAGACAAGUGCAAGAUUUUCAUUGAACGACUAUGAUUGUUGAUAAUGCUGUGCAUUGUAUGGUAAUUGUUGGUUGGGUUUUUGCAAUCAUUGUUUUGGUUACAACAACCAGCUAUAGAGGGAGUGUAAGAAAAUUAAACAUAGAUUUUGAGGGGGGGUCAUAACCCUCAUAUUAUGUGUAUUAUUUCUGUUCAACUCUAAUUGGAUUUUCAUUCGUAGUUGCGUUUUCCUUUGAUUAUUGGAGUUAUUUUUCUUUACAAGCUUUUAAUUCAACAUUAUCUUCUCUACUUA